AUGGUAAAAUUACAGCCAAGCGGUUAUGCUGCUUUCCUCCUCUGCAGUUCGUGUAAGGUGAAAAAAACUCAGCCAGAGACCCUUUCCUGGCAAACAAGAGAAAUCCAGGCAAGCAAGUUCAUCAAAGCUGUAACAGUUUGGUUACUGAUGAAGGUGCUAAGCAGUUGCAAUGCACCCAAAAGUUUAAGUUCAAAAGAGAUGGAGGCUUUAACUGCACACUCGUCAGAGGAGGAUCUGAAAAAACGUCACCUCUCCAUGACAUGUGAUAAUGAAGAUGAGCCAUGUCAGCUGAUUGAUCGUCACAGGAAAAGAAAGAAUGUGAUAUCUUUGCCAUUUACGUUCAGACGAUCUUCCCAUGAAUCAGAAAGUCAGGGACAUAUAGAAUCUGUGUUGAAAUCACCUUUGUUUGGUCUUCCUCUGUCUCUCGUUUACGGUGCUGAAGAUACGCUGCCCAAAUCUAUACAGGAUAUCCUUACAAUACUGUUCCAAAAAGGACCAUUUUCUGAAGGGAUAUUUCGAAAAGCUGCCAAUGAGAAGGCACGCAAGGAGCUGAGAGAGGAAUUAAAUGCUGGAGACAACGUUGCCUUAGGAAAAAAGUCUGUUUAUCUGCUAGCUGUGGUUUUUAAGGAUUUCCUCCGAAGUAUUCCCCACAAAUUGUUGCUGACUGAACUUUACGAUGAGUGGAUGACAGCAUUAGAAAAAAUAAAUCAUCAUGAGAAAACUGAAGCCAUGAAAGAGGUUGCAAGCAAAUUGCCACAGCCGAAUCUUCAUUUGCUCAAACACUUGCUUUCUCUUCUUCAACACAUCAGCAAAAACUCCAAAGUCAACAAAAUGGAUUCCAGCAACCUCGCUAUCUGUUUUGGACCAACCAUGUUGAGUCCAAAUUGGGACAAAAGCCUACCACUUGAAAUCCAGAAAGAACUGGCUGAUAAGAGUCCAGAACUUGAACCUGAACCUGCUAAAAUCAAGAAGCAACAUGAAGCUCACAAGAAAAUGCUUGAACGGAAGCAAGAAAAGAAAGAGAAUGAGGUCCAUGCACCAGAAAUGAAGGAUGUUGGAGAUCGCAGUGAUGUGCAGACAGAAUUGUACCUGGAAGAGAUUUUAGAUCGGAUUAUUGAAGUUGACAUGGAGUGUCAAACAGAUGCUUUUAUAAAAAGACUACCCAGCCCAGUGUUCAUCCCACAAAAGACUGGAGUUGAUGUAGCAACACAAAUUGAAGAAGGAGAGCUCUUUGACUUUGACAUUGAAGUUAAACCAAUGCUUGAGGUAUUGGUAGGGAAAACCGUGGAACAAGCUUUGCUUGAAGUCAUGGAAGAAGAGGAUCUUAGAAAUCUUUGGGCACACCAAUAUGCCUAUCUGGAAUUGCACAAUGCAGAGUUGGCUGAAGUGCAACGCCUCGAAGAAAAUGAGCGGCGACACAGAGAGGAGAAGGAACGUCGCAUGGCAAUGCAGUAUGAAAUACAAACAAAGGCAAAAGUGGUGGCUAAGAAAGUGGCAGCCCACGCAUUUUCUAUCCGAUAUCUGGCAGAUCUGAUUCCUUCAGUUUUUAUUAGCCUUCGAAAUAAAGGAUUUUUCUAUGAUGAAAUACAAAGUGAUAUCGAGAAAGGAUUCCUUCCAUUUGUGAUGGGCCAUGUAGAACUUCGAUUGCAGAAGAAGCUUCUAGGAAGAAUAAUGACAGAUUGCUUAAUUAAUGAGGUCAUCAAAAAGAGAUUGGACAACUACGAGCAUGGGAAGGAUACUGUAAAA